GAUUGUUAACUUUCUCCACUUUAAACUUGUUAUAUGAACAAAGUUAUAAUUAGCCAUUAAUUAUGCUAAAUAUGUGGGUGGACACAGCGUCAAAUUGCAAUUAAAGGGUUGAAUAUCUUGGGUACAAUUGAGUGGUUUGUUUCAAAAUACCAUAGAUAAAGCCCCAUUUUAUUUUUGUUUGCUUGUUUGUUUGUUUAUUUUUGUUCAGUUUCUUUACCAUUUCAUUAGCCCAUCCACCUGCUCUUAAAUUAUGUAGUACGCUUGCUAGUUGCUGCAUACAUAAAUGUGUAAUAAUAUCCAUCUUUUUAUGUAAGUAUGUAUUUAUUUUAAAGUUUAUAGUAUAAUUAUAUAAUUUUAAUUUUUAUAGUUAUAAGACCCAAUAUAUUCAUUUAUUUAUACUCUUGAGGGAGUUUUCAAGAAUUUCCGUUUUUUAUUUUAUUUUUUUGUUUAAACUACUAACAUAAGAAAAAUUUGUAUUGAAUACCUUUUGUUAUUCAAAAGAUCUGUACUUGUUCAAGCCAUGUAAAAUUGUAUUCACAAUGAAAGAAGAAACAUUUCUUACUCUUUUUCUUUCUGCUGUUCUGCUGUUAUAUAUGCUAUUAGGCGGGUUUCUUUUCCAAUUUCUGGAGUCGGAGAAUGAAGCAAAGUCUAUUGAAAGAUACGUAGAAUUAUUUACGCGUUUACAAACGAAGAAUAACAUCUCCAUGGACUUGAUGUAUCAAAUCGUUCAAACACAUGAACAAGCUUGUGAAAUUGGUCAAGAAAGUCAAGAGAAUAGAAAAUGGGAUUUCGUUGGUUCGUUUUAUUUUUCGGGAACGGUUAUCACAACAAUUGGUUUUGGUCACGCUUCGCCGUCGACCUUCUUCGGACAACUAGCUUUAAUUGUAUUUGCCCUCACAAGUAUACCACUCUAUGUACUUUUUAUGAAUGUGCUACUCGAAAGAAUAAUUACACUUUUAAAGAAUUUCCUAAACAAACUUUAUAUGAUACUACCAACCAACGAUUUUAUUAAACGUCACGACGUUCACACAUUACCGAUUAGUCGGAUUUUAACCAUGGAUUUUAUUUCGUUAUCGUGGCCUUCACGACAAUCGGUCUCGGCGAUUUUGUACCAUCAAAAUUCAAAUCAGAAUAUAAUUUCCAUCCAGUAUAUCAAAUAAUAAAUUGGUGCUUUAUCAUGUUUGGCGUUGUA